ACCAGCUCCAGAGUCCGGAAAUUUUUUGUAACGCUUCAACACUUAAGUUACUUACAUUGCUACGACUUGUAUUAAAGAUCGAGUGCUUUUCUAGGAAAUCAGACUAGAGCUUGACGCAAAGCGUUUGCAAUGCUUCGAUUGAGCAGCCGAAGCGCACGCCGUAUCGGAACCUCUUACAUAUGCACAUCAUGUCUUGCUUGUCAUUCGACAAGGUCGCUGGCAUUCCGUCCCACCUUGAUCCCUAGUCAAAAUGGCCGACAUCUUUCAAGCACAUCCCGUCUGCUUGCGCCCACGACCGAAACCUCAACACCGAAUUCUAAUGGUGCCGAAAAUAUAGAACCCCCACCACCAGAAGCGCCGAAGAAGAAGAAAAAGAGGAAGCCUAAAAAGGAUGAAAAGAAUGUCGCCGCCCAGGCCGAAGGUGAACGUCAGCUACAAGUUCUACAAGGCGCGCUCCAAGCAUUAAAGAAUGUUCUCGCUGCGCAGAACAUUAAUGUAGACCAUAUCGGCAAACUUGGGAAUCAGAUCAGCCAAAAAGACUUAGGGCCAGAAGGAAUCCCUAAGGCUAAGGCUAAGGCUAAGGUUAAGGCCAAGACAGAAUCUGCGGGUGAUGAUGGAGUGACUCAAAAGUCACAAGGUCCUUCAGAGAAGAAGGAAUCAAGGAAGAAGUCAAAGCGAAAAGUAUCAAGCGAAGAAGAUAUAGCGAAGGCUGAUGGUGUACCAGAGCAGGCUGCAACUUCAAGUGGCCGCUCCAACAGGGCUGCGAAGAGGGCGGCAAGCCGCGAAAAGUCAAAGCAGAAGACGGCUCCUCAGGUGACCAAGAAGCCAGUUGGACAGGCUUCAAAGGGACAAGCCAGACCUAAAAAGGGAACCCCGUCUAACACUCUCCGGGAGCGAAUGCGAAACAUGGACAGCGGUGAUGUUUGGGGUGACUAUAAAAUUAUCGGCGAAGAUGCAUCGGAAGCACAAGAGUCAGGAAAGGGGACCAGGUCGAAGAAAAGACCACCUUUAGAUAUCAGUACUAUAUCCGCCAAUAAUCUUCAUCCAGAACCCGUUAAUACGGUUCAUCCGCUAGUCCCGGGAUUGUCCUAUGGUCUUGACAGGGUCCUGUUCAACCCCGGCGUCUAUCACUUACAAGAUCCUCGUUCCCGAGUCUACAACUUCGACCCAUAUCUCUCAGAGAUUAUGCCAAUUCAAGAAUUCGACUUCAACGCUUUGAAACAGUAUGUGACCUCUUCUAAGGACUCUACACUUAUUGGCAUUGCGAAAGAGCAUGGCAAGAGAUACACGGGUUCGACCUCAAGCAUGACAUCCAUGCUUUCUCACUUCCACUAUCUCCUAUCGUCUUGGCGAGAAAUCAACACGUCGAUGCUGUCAAAGGGUUUCACCACAGACUCUCUUCAGUUCACGAAGAUUAUGAAAGGCCCGGCGGCAGUAUUCUUGCAUUGGAAAGAUGGCACUUACGCCAUAGAUGCUGAUAAGGAAUUUGACACGGCCAAUAUCUUGAGCAUGCUUGGGAAGUCCAUGGAGAAACUUCUCACUCUCUCCAAAGAAGAAUACGAGAGGUACAGACAUAUCAACUCCGACCAGAUCACAGAGGAAGAGCGAAAUGCCGAAGAAGCCUUUCACUAUACCAAAUUCCUUGAUUUCAUGAUGCGUUCCCAAUUGGAUGCGCACGAUCCAAGGGUGCCUGGGUCAGGUAUGUUUGACCUUAAGACGCGUGCAGUUGUAUCCAUUCGUAUGGAUGCGAAAGGAUUUCAGAAAGGUCUCGGCUACGAAAUUCGUAACCGAUUUGGCCAGUGGGAGUCAUUCGAACGAGAAUACUACGAUAUGAUUCGUUCCGCAUUCUUGAAAUAUUCUCUUCAAGUCCGUAUGGGUCGAAUGGACGGUAUAUUUGUCGCAUUCCACAACACCCAGCGUAUCUUCGGCUUCCAAUACAUCCCAAUAAGUGAAAUGGACCUUGCAUUGCACGGAACAUCGAACGUCACUCUCGGUGACAGGGAAUAUAAACUCAGUCUUGCCUUACUUAAUGAUAUUCUGGACCGGGUUAGCAAGAAGUUCCCAGAGCAAUCUCUACGACUACACUUCGAGACAAGGAUGUCAGCGAACGCGCCGUUCAUGUAUAUUUUUGCGAAGCCAGUGUCCCAGGAAGAUAUUCACGAGGUUCAAAAUGCCAAUAGGGCAUCUAUCGAAGCGUUCGAAAGGGAAAUUCUUGGUUUAGCUAAAGAUGAGGCAGAAGCCGAAGUUGAAGCCGAAGCUGAAGCUGAAGCCGCAGCUGAAGCCGAAAUUGAAGCUGAGUCUGUUGAUGAAAAUGAGAACGUGGUUCAAGGAGAGGUUGAGGGAAUUGAAAAACCUACCUUAUCUCAGGAAAUGUCGAGUCUGGCUGCUUGGAAUGAAGUGCGUCAGAUGGUUGAAGAUGCUGUGGAUGACGACGAAGUCGGCGUCGGCGCUGUGCGGGAAGCAAUCGAAGACGCUCUGGAGCAGAGCGGGCUCCUUCACGCGAAAUCGUCCACAGAAGCGCGAGGAUACGUUGAUGCCUUACUCAGCGCCAUCACCAAUAGCAGAUCUGCUAAAUCAGAGUCGACACUGAGCGCGCCAACCGAGGGAGAGGUGACUGCCGAUGAGGACGACCCUACUUCUACUCAAGAGAUACCGGAGCCGGAAUCAGAACCCAGUAGUGAGCAAUCUGUAUCCGAACCCGAACCCGAUACAGAGCAAUCGCAAAUCGAAGAAAAGUCUAAACACGCCUCUGGCGAAGGUGAUAAUGCGGAUUCUCAACCAGAAGAAAUAAGCGUGCAACAAGAUGAUGGCUUAGAGACGCAGACAGAGUCUGAAACAUUUACAUCACCCGCGUCUAAUGAUGAGCCUACGAAUGCUAUAUCUGAGUUAGAUAGUUCAGCCUCUAUAGAAGAGACGACAUCACAAGUACAAGCUGACGUUAAUACAACUAGAGAGGUUGAAGAGGAGGAGGAGGAGGAGGAGGAAGAAGAAGAAGAAGACCAGGAGGAAGACGAAGACGAAACUGAGGAUAUUGACGACGAAUUGGAUGAAGGUGAAUCUAAGAGAGAUCUCAAUGCGGCUUCAUCUAUGUCGCCGUUGAAAGAUCUCAUUGUGAGAAUGGCCCAAAGGAUUGACGAGAGAGCGCUGUCUGAUCAAGCCGAGGGUUCUAUAGACGAUUCGUCCAAACUUAAAGAAUUUGAGCGGAUCCUCGGUCAGCUCAUUGCCCGCUCCAAAGAAGAACAGAGCGAACCUCGAACCGACGGCACUAGUUCUAUCUCAGGGGCUCCGAUAGAACCGGGGAUCGAAGGCCAAGCGGAGAUCCUUGAGACUGGGACAGAGAAAACAGAGGAUACACAAGGUGCUUCUCCAGAGUCGACCUCAGAAGAGGCUUUAGGAGAUGCUACGCCGGCUGAAGAGGAGAUCGACCAAAAUCUACUAGGUCUGAUCUUAACCAUCAGAAACAAAAUUAACGGGGAAUAUGUGACAAGGCCCGAAAAAUUAGUUCGGGCUGAUGAUUGGGUUGUGGAGUACAACAUCGAGGAGAUCCCGACCAAGCGCGCCAACACCAUCUACCGACAGUGCCAGGCAAGGCGGCGCCAGGUGUUUGAGGACACGGGCAACAAAGAAUCGCAAUGGUACAAGAUGUUCCGCGGCAGUCUCGAGGAACGCACGAUGGCAGGCCGUAAGUUUAGAGCCUCGGAGACCAUGAAGGCCCAGCAGCGCCCCGUCCAUGUUGUUGGCCAGGAGAAGCCGCUGCGAUGGGAGGAAGUGUUCGGGACGCCGAAAGAGACGAUGCCGGCGGAGGGUCUAGUAGAGGAUGAGAUGGAGGAUGAGCAUAAAAUGGAGGAGUAGGUCGACCAGGGAAAAAUAAGUUAGAUCUUAUGUCGGCCGUAGACUUAUGCUGUCUACGACGCUACUACAGAGUCCAUUGUAUAACAUCCGGCCUACGGCGCUAUGAAUUUAUACGAUGGUGGGUGGGUGAUUUGGCAUAAAAGUACCUAAUGGGUUCACGAGGGGAUAUAAAAAUAUUCGGCUAUCUCCCGUGGUGGCUGGUAUGCUACACUGCGCGGAAGCAGACCGUCUCAACUCUGUACAUUUAACGCUGUAUAUAUGAUGUGUACCUAUGAAUUCACAUCCCGAGGACUCGUUAAUGACUAGGUGGUGGUAGGGCGACCAUGAUUGUUUACGCUUUACCUCUAUAUCUAUACACUUUAGAUAUAUAUUUAUCUCACCUCUCAAAAUAUAUACUUACC